GUCAUUUUCAACUUUGUCUCUAUAAAUCCAAUAUCACAACACUGAGAUUACCAGAACAAGAAGAACAACAAAACAGACAUGUCUGAUUCUGAAGCAACCACACAGAGGUAUCGUGUUGGCUAUGCUCUCGAACCCAAGAAAUUCGAAAGCUUCCUUCAACCCUCCCUUCUCAACCACGCCAAACAACACGGCAUCGACCUCGUUCAAAUCGAUCCCACCACACCAUUACACUCACAAGCCCCUUUCCACUGCAUCAUCCACAAACUCUACACCCAACAAUGGAGGAAACAGCUACAACAAUUCUCAGCUGAGAAUCCCAACACCAUCAUCAUCGACCCUCCUGAGUCGGUGGACCAGCUUCACAACCGAGUUUCCAUGCUCGAAUCAGCGACCCACUUGAAAUUGCGAAUUUCACCGGAAAACGCCACCGUCGGGGUUCCGAAGCAGGUGGUGGUGAAUGACCCGAAAGCCUUCAGGUUUGACGAAAUCGAGGAAAUGGGUCUGCGAUUUCCUGUCAUCGCGAAGCCGGUGGCGGCGAACGGCACCGAUGGGUCACACCAGCUCUGUUUGGUGUUUGACCGUGACGGGGUCAACGCGUUGACUGCUCCGGUGGUGCUGCAGGAGUUUGUGAACCACGGCGGGGUUGUUUUCAAGGUCUACGUUGCUGGGCAGCGCGUGAUUUGCGUGAAGCGCAAGUCUUUGCCUGAUAUUUCGGAGGAGAAGCUGAGGAUGCUGAAGGGGUCGGUGCCGUUUUCUCAGGUGUCGAAUUUGAGUGAGGAAGGUGGUGGCGGUGCGGUUGAGAAUGGUGAAGUUGAAAUGCCUAGUGAGGGUUUGGUGGAGGAGUUGGGGAGAGGUUUGAGGGAGGCAUUGGGGCUUCAUCUUUUCAAUGUUGAUUUGAUUAGAGAUGGGAGAGAUCAGAGGAGGUAUCUUGUGAUUGAUAUCAAUUACUUUCCUGGGUAUGCUAAGUUGCCUGAUUAUGAGCCCUUUUUCACCAACUUUUUGUUGGAUAUUUUGCAAGAUAAGAAGACUGCCUAGACCGAAUCAUCGGGUUAAUCUGUUAUGGUCUAAUCAAUCAUUUUUGUUAUGUUUUUCUAAUAAGGUCUGAAUGAUGUAUUUGAUUGGGGUGGUGUUCAUUUGUGUUAUGAUUAUGACAUUAACAGUUAUGAGUUAUGACACACAGAAACCCCAUGUACAUCAUAUAGUUCUUUCCACUUCUCUUGAACUUACAUUUUCCUGAAAUUAAAUGCAUUGCAUUCAUGUGCUAAUGGUAUGGAACUAUGAAUCUUUCACUCUGGCAUACUCCAAAGACCGACUUGUAUGACCUUUUCCUUAAAGAAUGAUAGAGAUACACUCUUCCAAGUUCCAAUCACACUCUCCUACUGGAACACGCUCUCCUAAUGUCUUAUUUGAAAAUGGAACAAAUAUAACAUCGUUUCUGACUGUAAAAGAAAAGUGGAAUAGCACUUUGGUUAUAUGGAUGGUGCUAGACUUCUAGGCCGUGUCUUUAUCUUUGGCAUCUGAUUCUACGCUACUUUACCUUGUGAGAUAUUCUACUAAAAGGCAACAAUCACCUCUAGUUUAGUCGACUAGUAAACAAGAAGAAUUUUUUUAUGCCUGGUUGUGUACAACUUGUUCUAAAACAAUUCCACAUUCAUCAUGGGGCUGCUGGUAUUAUGUAGCUUUCAUUUUCUUUU